AUGUUAAAGUUCAUUUUUAUAAAUAUUUUAUUGAUUGCGUUUGUUAAAGAGUGGUGGUUUAUUCAAAUUUCUUUAUUUUUAAUGUGUUUUAUUUUUAGGUGUUUUAUGGGACAUGACUUUUCUGUUUCGGGGUUGGGAUUAAGAUUAGGUUCUGAUCAUUUAGGUUUUAUUUUAAUUAUAUUAAGAAUAUGAAUUAUGGCACUAGUUAUUUGUGCAAGUCAAAGAAUUAAAAAAACAAAUAAUUCUCCUAGAGGGUUUUUAGUUGUAAAUUUACUAUUGCUGUUAGCAUUGCUUUUAACGUUUUCAGCAACAGAUUAUCUUUUGUUUUAUAUUAGAUUUGAAAGAUCUUUAAUUCCUACUUUAAUUUUAAUUUUAGGCUGGGGUUAUCAACCUGAGCGAAUUCAGGCUGGAGUUUAUAUGUUAUUUUAUACAUUGUUUGCCUCUUUGCCUUUGCUUGUUUCUCUAUUAAGAUUUUACAGAUUGGGUGGUAGUCUAACAAUAGGUUUAGUACCAUGCGCUGAAAGAUCUAAUUUUAUUACUUUUAUGUGGUAUUUUUGUACAAUUUUUGCUUUUGUAGUAAAACUUCCUAUAUAUCUAGUUCAUUUAUGACUUCCAAAGGCUCAUGUUGAAGCUCCUGUAGCUGGAUCUAUAAUUUUGGCUGGUGUUUUAUUAAAAUUAGGUGGUUAUGGUUUGAUUCGUGUUCUCUUUUUAUUUCCUGAAGUAAAUAAAAUAUUUUCUUGAUUUUGAGUUAGUGUGAGAAUUUUAGGUGGGGUAAUUGUAAGAUUUAUAUGUUUACGUCAAGUAGAUAUUAAGUCAUUGAUUGCUUAUUCUUCAGUAGCCCAUAUAGGCUUGGUAUUGAGAGGACUAGUAGUUUUUGGUUGAUGGGGUCAAACUGGAGCUGUAGUAAUUAUGGUGGGGCAUGGAUUAUGCUCGUCUGGACUUUUUUGUCUUGCUAACAUAGUUUACGAGCGUUUAGGAAGUCGAAGAUUAUUGGUGAAUAAAGGUUUAUUGAAUUUUAUACCUAGUUUGGGAUUGUGGUGAUUUUUAUUGAGGAUUGGUAAUAUAGCAGCUCCUCCUACAAUUAAUUUAUUAGGAGAAAUUAGACUAAUUUUAAGUGUAGUAAGAUGAAGAAAGCUUAGCAUGUUUGGGAUUGGUUUAUUGUCUUUUUUUAGAGCUGCGUACACUUUAUACAUAUAUUCGAUAAGACAGCAUGGGUUGUUUUUUAAUUCAUUGUUUUCUUGUUGUUCUGGAAAAGUUUCUGAAUACUUAGUUUUAAUAUUACAUUGAUUGCCUUUAAAUGUUCUUAUUGUAAAAACGGCUAUAAUUUUACCAAGAUUUUA